AUGCCAGCCGACGCGACCAGCGGUCCGUCCAUAUUUGCGCUGCCUGGUCGGCUCGGCGACGUCGAAGCUCUGCCUCGCGCAGAGUGGCCCUCGGCAAGGCGCUUCCGUGAGUACUACGCGCCACCGUGCGGGUCCAGAGUGGACGCGGCUGCCGGCAUUCCAGUGGUGCUGCUCGGAGCGGCAGCCGAGAUGCCCGCAUCCUCACGUUGGACCGACGAGGCGUUUGCUGCCCGAGACAGCCCAUACGCCGUUACCCUGGACAACGUCGAACUGGCCAAGACUGAGACGCGCGCUGCGGGUGAGGCCAAGCCGCUGCGGCACGACGUGUGGCUGCCGCCGCCGCUGGCCUGCGGCAGCGGGACGCAGCGGCUCGCGGAGGCGAUCCUCUGGUUCUCUUCGGGCGGCGCGCAGCCUGUGGCGCACGCUGAUGGCGACAGCGAGGACAACUUCCUCUGCGUCUUUGACGGCUCCAAGCGGCUGGCGCUGUGGCACCCGCGGCACGGAGGCGCCAUCGAGUCGGCCGAGCUGGGGUGGCACAACACCUCGCGCGGGGACGCGACCUACGGCGGGGUGCGGUCGGUCUUGGCGGGGAGCGCGUUUGCCGGUGCGCUGCUCCCGCUCGCCGACCUGGAGGAGGCCGGCUGGCCCGCCGCCGCCACUCUCGGCGCUGUGCUAGCGCCGCUCGCGCUGCUGCUCUUGCGCAGACGCACCAGCCGAGCAUCGGGGCGCAGCCCGAGCGAGGGGCUUCGUGCGGAGGCGAGCGUCGGGUUUGCUCUCGGCGGCGGUGGCACCGCGCUGCAGCUGUGGGCGCAGCUCGAGGCCGCCAUGCCCGCGCGGCUGUACACCAAGCUGCGGUACGCCAAGCUGCGCGGCGGGCUGCACGCCCACGCGCCACCGCCCGUUUGCGACGGUGCUGCCGGCGGCGGCAAGGCCCAUUGGCGCCAGCUCAACGGCUCGUGGAGACGAGCGGACGGGACCUUGUGCGUUGCGGCGCUCACCACCAUGGAUGCACUGCUCCGCAACGCCGACACGGUCGCCAACCGAGAGCUGGUGCUGCGUGGCCUCUGGGCGGUGGCGGCGGCAACGUCGCUCGUGAGCACGGCCGAGCUGAUUGGCGCGAUGGUCGACGCUGGAGACGCGCACCCUUCGCUGAGGAGCGAGCUGCUGCGACUCGGCCUGCCGCUGGCCGAGCUCCUCCUCCACGAGCCGUGGGGCGACGACCUCUCUGCGCCACGCGCGAGGCUCUCCCCUCCGCUCCUCGCGCUGCUCGGCCGCCACCGGAUCGCGCCCGGGCUCGACUCGCCCGUUCGCCUGCUCGCGCCGCCAAGCACGCUCUCGCCCCGAGGGUGGCUCGCUCUGGCGGGCUUAUGGGCGCGCGUUGCGUCGGGCUGGGCAAGGUCGCCAGCAGCAACGCGCGAUGAGCCGCCGGUCGAGCCGGCCCUCUCGCUAGAGACGCGCGAGCUGUUUGGGAGCCCUGUCGGCCUGGCGGAGGUGAGGGACGCGUCGCUGCUGCUUGACCUUCGCCGCCUCGCCGCGGCGCUGCACGAGCGCGCCUCGCGCCAGCGCGCGAGCAAGAAGCUCAACAACCUCACCAACGACGAGUUCUUCCAGGCGCAGAUGCGGAACCAGCGCUCGAUCGCGCGGCAGGCACUGCUGCGCGAGGGGAGCCAGGCGGAGGGGGUGGCGGAGGGGGUGGCGCAGUCCGAGGUGGACGUGUGGGCGGCGGUGCUCACCGGAGGGGAGCGGCACGGCACGCACGUGCACGAGGGCAGCGGCUUCUCGCGCGUCCUCCACGAGCCACUCAUUGACUCAUCACGCAUCGGCUCAGCGCCGUUUUUCCAGGGGCAGGGCGGCGGCGGGAAGUGGGAAGAGCUAUAG